AAAAUAUCGUUUACUGCUCAUCCUGAAACAGAAACAGAAGCAGAAACAGUGAUAAGUGUGUGAUCAAGAAUCUGAUAUAUAAACACACUCUCAAAUGAGUCAUCGUCCCCACAGCAUCCUCCUCGGCACCACCAUACGCACCCAUCGCUCCAUUCCACCCCACCUAAUUUCCAGGGCUUGGUUUUGUAGCGGUAGUUUCAGAAACCAGACCCACAUGGAAAGCCAUGCUUCUUGUGAGGCGGUUGUGGCUGACUCUGAGCUCUUGGUUAAAAAAAUGGCUGCUAUUUGUAAUGCCGGUCCCGCCAAACUCCAGGUUGGAAAUUUAUGCUCAAAUUUUGUGUGUUGUGUUUUAAAUAACAACAAAGUAAUAGCAGAUUUUGAUGGCACACUAACAAAGUACUGGGUCAAUGGUUGUCGGGGACAAAGCAGUCAUGGUCUUUUGCAACAGGAGAAUCCGGAAUAUGAUAAGAAAAGGCAGGAAUUAUAUGAACAUUAUCAUCCGUUAGAAUUCUCCCCGACAAUUCCAAUUGAAGAGAAAACUAAGCUUAUGGAAGAAUGGUGGACAAAAACUCAUGGUCUCUUAAUUGAGGGAGGCCUUACCUAUGAUGGAAUAAGGCAAUCUGUCGCUGACUCCACAAUUGCUUUUAGGGAGGGUGUUGUUGAACUAUUUGAGUUUUUGGAGGAAAGAGACAUUCCCAUUCUUAUAUUUUCUGCUGGACUUGCUGAUAUCAUAGAGGAGGUCCUUAGGCAGAAGAUUCACAGACUUUUCAAAAAUGUGAAGAUAGUCUCAAAUCGGAUGGUAUUCGAUAAUAAUGGUCACCUUGUAUCUUUUCAAGGGAAGACAAUUCAUAGUCUGAAUAAAAAUGAGCAUGCUCUGGAUAUGGCUGCUCCCCUUCAUGAUCGAUUAGGUGAUAAUAUAGAUGCGACUACUUAUGAGAAUGCCUCAGUCAAGACUAGAAGAAAUGUGCUGCUUCUGGGUGAUCACAUUGGUGACCUGGGAAUGUCUGAUGGCUUGAACUAUGAGAAUAGAAUUUCCGUGGGAUUUCUGAAUGACAAUGUUGAGAAUUCUCUUGAUAGCUACCGCAAAACCUUUGACAUUGUUUACUUGAAUGAUGCACCCAUGUGGGGAGUUGUAAAGCUUGUUUCACAACUCUGUCCAAGUGAAGGUCAUUGAGUUGUAAAUCUCUUACUAUUAAAUACUUGGAAGCUCAUUCACCAAAAAUAAAUCCUUCGAAGCUCCUGUCUGCUUUCUUUGAUUAACAUCCAUAGAUAGAUUUGGUAGUGUUCCUUUCAUUGGCAAAAGGUUUUCCAACAUGUGGCCACUUUUCCUCUUUUCCUAGCAAUAGAAGAAAUAUAUUUAAUUGUUGGUCAAUUUUAGACAACAAGAAGCGUAUUUCUAUAAUCUUCAAUUUCUUGAUGUUCUAAGCUCUGCAUUGAGCUGAAACAUUUGUCCACAAAAUGCGUGCCUCUGGAGCUGAAAGAAAAUGGAUAUGCCAAAGAAUUUGGAUGUUAAAUUUUCAUCACUCAUGUUGAAUUGAUUGCUUGUAGUGUUACAGUUUGAAAUAUGAAGGACUAAGAAUAGCAAGGGAAACAGUACUUAUGCUUUGGCGUAGUGCUACCAUUUUUCUUACUAGGUACUUGAAAUUCUUCUUGUGCAUAAGCUUUUUGGCUGAAGUGUUGCUCUGGAAGCAUACAACUUAUUUUGGCCCCCUUGAUUUGAGUUCUUUUGUCUUUUAUGAAAUAAUUUCAGAAUGAUAUAUUUAUUUAUUGGUAAUAGCUGUUGGUGAAAUUGACAUUUGAAAGAGAAUAUGCUCACUGGUGACUUCUGAAAUGGGAUCAUUAUACUUAUAAAAUUUACAAAGUCAACAUUUUUUAGGACAAAGUCAACUAGGUAUCCUAUUAUUUUUUCACCAUAGAUUCUUUCACUAUAUUUCCAGUUUCAAAGUGCUAAAUAUUUGGUUGUUGCUCAGAACUAAGCAAUCAUGAGCUAAUUCUUCCCAAAUAUUAAUAUAAUUGAAUUAAUGUUUGUAUUUUUGGAAGAAAAAAAAAAUGUUUGUAGUUAAUUUAGGCAUAAAGUCACUUUUUGUCAUUGUAGUUUGGCACUUCAACCACUUUUGACCCUGUAGUGUCAUAUUUACAUGUUAAAAUUUCCGUCAAUUUCUUUAACGGAGCAACAUGUGAAGGGCAAUUUUGUCGGCCCAAAGCCCCAUGUAAAAGCUUGUCUCUACCUCUUCCCCCGGGCGCACGAAAUUGCCCAUUUUGAAGCAUAUUAGGAUUAGGGCUCUUAAAAAUUUAGUGAAAUUCGUCUAGGUUUUUGAUCGAGUGUAACGAGAGGGUGCGAAAAUAUUAGCAGAACUUCAAUCGGUUGUUGUUUCCGUAAAGAAGCAAGGACGAUGGUGAAGAAGAGAGGUGAAGUCAAUGGAGGCUUCAAUAAUUCAGGUGAACUCAAAAUCUUUAAAGGUUCAGUUUUCUGUGCGAAAUGGUUUAUAACUUUUAUUCGACUUUUCAAUGCAUAUAAGUGGGUUCCAACUCUUUUGUUUUUCCAUUCUUUUGUGGCCUUGUUUUGUUGUGUUUUAGUUCCAAUGGCCUUGUUUUGUUCUGUAACUUCGGAUUUGGAAAGUUGUUGCUUUGUUGCUUUGGCAGUUAUUGCUUGAGAUGGUGGUUGAACAUUUUAUAAAAUAUUCUGUGUGUAUUGAGAGUGAUCCCAUACAUGUUUGAACCAGGGAAAAUUCUACAGUGGGCUUGGCGCAUGGAUGCGCCCAUUGUUACAGACCAUUGGAUGAGUAGUUGGUGAUGUGGAGUUAUCCACACCGUUGAGUUAGUUACCGGAUAAAUCGGUUAUUGUAGGUAAAAAGAAAACAAAAACAAAAACUCUCCUUCAGUAGCAUUGGGUUUCUCUUUUCUCUCUCUUCCAGUUCGACUCCUUCCAAAAUCGCUCCUCUCCUCCUCCUGUGACGACGAGACAGCGCGACGAACACAACUCCUCUCCUCUUAGGUAUCUCUCUCUUUCUUCUUCCUAAUUGUCUCUCUCAUCUCUAUAUCUCAUGGUCUCUCAAUCUCCUUCCCAGGCUUUGUUUCAAAACCAAACCCAUACCAAAAAUCUCAGCCCCAAUUGAAACCCCCAUUUAGCUCGAUCCCUGCCAUCUCCCAAGAUAAUUUUAAUUAUUCAAGGUUUGAGUUUUCUAAUUUAUAUUGUAAGUUUUAGGUUUUAAUAUUGGGCUAUGGUCUCUGCAGGUUUUCAACUUUUUAAUUUGUAUUUGAACCAUUAAUUUGGAGACAAGUUGAGGAUUUCAUAUUAGUGUUGAACUAGAUGUAGAUUUGGUAAUGUUAGUUUAAUUUUGAGUUUACUGCUGCAUUCAUCAUUUUUUGGUUUUUUUUUUCUUUUCCAAUUGAUUUUGAUUUUGAUUUUUCUGAGUUGGUUCUUGUGUCUACAAGUUGCAUCUUAUUUUCAUAUUCGGAUUCCUGAAUGUGCUAUGAUGUCAUUCUUAAGUCUCUUUUUUUUUUUUUUUCCUGGGCUCUGGAGUGUUGCUUUGUUUAGCCCGAAUUCUUCUUUUUUAUGUGGUUUUUUUGCUUUUGUUUGUAGUCUUGGUCGUGUGGGAUGGGGGGUGUGAGGAUUUCUCAUCCUCCUGUAGCCCCAUUGAUUUAUGAAUAUCAUCUUUGGAAGCUUGUUAUGAUUGAUUUUUUUUCUUCUUCUUGUCAGUAUUCUACUAAAUGCAUGUGAAGGUUGCCUCUUUUUUGGGGUUUUAAUGAAAGCUACCUAACAACCAAACAAUAAAAGCCUCUGUUAGUUUCUUUAGUUUCCUUUUAGUGUCUCUAAUUUUUUGCUGACCUUGUGCUUUCUCUUACUAACUGACAAUUGGAUGUUCACUUGGUGUUGUCCUGCAGAAAGAGUGCUGUAAUUUUCUAUGAAUUGCUUGAUUUUCAUUCAUCAUGUGUGCAUCUACAUAGGAAGCCCUGUUAUUACCUCCUCUCUCAUGCUUACUAUCCUAGGAUUGUCUGCCCUUCAUGUAUGUGAGUUUUAAAUUUUCAUCAUUAUAUAUGUUAUUAAGCAUUAGAGAUUAUUUAAGGCAUCAUCUAUUAUCUGAAUUCUGCUUAGUCUUAGUUCCAUGUGCAUUAAUUAACUCUUUAAUUCAUACAUUUGCAUUUUAGCAACUUGAUGUGAUUAUUGUGGCUCAUACCAAAAAGGCAAUCUUAGGCUCAUCAAGGAAAGUCGAGCUUCCAAGUGACUUACUGGAUAUUAGAUCAUUUGGUUUAUUUCCCUAUGUUAUUAACAUUUUUGUAGUGCUGAAUAUUUAUUUGUAUUGGAUGUGAGAUUUCAGUUUGUUGCUUUAUAUAAUUAUUUAGCAAUUUAAUUAUUUCUUUGCACCUUUUGUUUACGAAGCUUUAAUUUUCUUUUUCAGUCAUACUAUACUUUUUGUACUAUCUGUUUUUUUAUUUAGCUUGGCAUUGUGGUCGAGAUGUGGAUGUGAGUUUUUUUGGCUGAAAAGAAACUCAUUGUGAUUUGAGUUUUUUUUUUAACAGACAAAACACCCAAUAUGAUUAAUUUUAGUAUAUAUAUAUAUAUAUAUAUAUUUUUCAUGUUAGGUAUAUGGUUGAUGUUGAAAUUUUUGUGACUCAUUUGAAAAGCAUUAGGUAGAAUUUCUUAAUUGUAAUGAUAUUAUGAGCUCCGACAUUGAGUUCAUCUUCAUCGGAAUUGUUGUAUUAUAUUGAAGUUUGAUAUGGUAUUUAGGCAUGUAAUUACCAAAUUGUAAGGGGUUUUUAGCAGUUGGUGUACGUAACUUAGCAUACAAUUGGCAACCUUUUUGCA